AUGGCAAGCGCGGUGUUUCUAAUCACAGGCUGCUCGAGCGGUUUCGGAUAUGAAAUGGCGAAAGCGGCGCUCCGGCGUGGGUUCAAAGUGAUAGCAACUGCAAGACGUAUCGAGACGCUGAAACCGCUGGAAGAGCUAGGUGCAAUCGCGCUUCCGCUUGAUGUUGCUGCCCCUCCGGCUACCCUGGUCAGCUUUGCAAAACAGGCAUGGGAAGUCUAUGGGCAAGUUGACUACCUCGUCAACAACGCCGGCUAUGUCCAGGGCGGCGCUAUCGAAGAGAACACCCCAGAAGAGACACUAUCGCAGUUCAACACAAACGUUUUCGGUGUCCUGAACCUCACCAACGCGUUCCUGCCUUAUAUGCGUGAACGGCGCUCUGGGACCAUCGUUAACAUCAGCUCGCAAGGCGGCUCGCUGAACCUGGUUGGGGCGGGGAUCUAUUGCGCGUCCAAGGCCGCUAUCGAUUCAUUUUCUGACACUUGGAGCAGAGAGUUAGCAGAGUUCAAUGUGAAGUGCAUUUCUAUCCAGCCAGGAGCCUUCCGCACACCGGUAUCCAACUCGUCGAACUUCAGACGAGGCUCCAACGUCAUCGCAACAUAUGCGGCCGCUACCGAGGGAAUCGUCGGCUUCAACAGCGGCACAGGAAAAGAGCGGGGGGACCCAGCGAAAGGCGCUCUGCGAAUCGUCGAUUUCGUCACACAGGCCAAAGGGAAACUGCCGCUGCGAUGGGCACUGGGGGAGGAUAGCUUCGUGAAUCUGCGAAAGGUCCACGAAAGCCGGAUCGUCGAGAUGGAUGAGUUCAAGGAAUGGAGUGUGGGAACAGACUACGAUGAUUAUGUGCCCAACACAAGCGUUGGAACGGGGGCAUGGUCCAUUUAA